AUGAAGUUCCAGUAGAAGAAGGACCAUCCCUUUAAAUUGGAAAAGAAAGGAGAAAAGAUCUGGAAGAAAUAUCCAGACAGAGUCCCUGUGAUCAUGGAGAAGUCUCCUAAAGUCAGAGUGCCUGAUCUGGACGAGAGGAAGUACCUAGCGCCCUCUGACCUCACUGUUGGCCAGUUCUACUUCUUAAUCUGGAAGAGGAUCCACCUGAGACCUGAGGACGCCUUAUUCCUCUUUGUCAACAACACUAUCCGUCCCACCAGCGCUGUAAUGGGCCAGCUGUAUGAGGACAACCAUGAGGGAGACUAUUUUCUGUAUGUGGCCUGCAGUGAUGAGAGUGUCUAUGGGAAGUGAGUGGUGGAAGCCCAGCAGAUGGGA